AUGGCGGUGGCGGCGCCGGUCAGGGCGGACGAUGAGAGCAGCGGCGGCGGCGAGGAGGGCGUCCUCGGCGCCAUCAAGUCCAUCUUCGACCCGAACGAGAAGAGUGAAACCAAGGCCGCCAGGAAGGUGCUCCCCAAGGCGUACCUGAAGGCCGCCAGGGAGGUGGUGCGCACGCUCCGGGAGUCCCUGGAAGAGGACGGCGGCGGCGACAUGGCCAAGUUCCGAUGGAACGCCGACGCCGCCAAGGAGUCCAUCCGGGAGUUCCUGGGCGGGUGGAGAGGCCAGCAGGCCGCCGCAGCCGAGGACCCAUACGUAGCGUUGCAGAAGGCGAUCGGGUCACUGGCGGAGUUCUACUCCGAAGCAGGGUCCUCCGCUCCGCUCCCACAAGAUGUCAAGAACAAGAUCCUGAAUGACCUCAGUACCGCAGACAUUGUUCAUGCACAUCUGGACGAUGAGGAAGAAGUGAUUCUACUCCAGUAUUUUUCAUGCUUAUCUCAACGAUGA